UCUGGUCUCACUAGUGCCCGGUCGACCGGGAGCUUACCUUGAUGGACGGUGUCGAGUCCGUGGUCGUAGUGUCAGUGCAUUGAUAGUGUCUUGUGACUGUUGAGCCCCAGGGCCCCCGCCUACCGCCGCCGAGGACCCAGCCCUCCGUUACCAUGUCAGGAGAUAAGGGCCGGUCUGACUCGUACCGUGUGGCGACAGUGCGAGCCGCCCCCGAUGACAACAAGACAGCAGAUGGCAAAGUCAAGUCGAGAAGGACCAAAAAGCAGAAAAAAGGAGAUUUAGAUGACCUUAAACAAGAAUUGGAUAUCGACUUUCACAAAAUAUCAGUAGAAGAAUUAUAUCAAAGAUUUAAUACACAUCCGGACACAGGGUUAACACAUGCUAAAGCGAAAGAAAAUUUAGAAAGAGAUGGUCCUAAUGCAUUGACACCACCCAAAACGACGCCAGAAUGGAUAAAAUUCUGCAAACAGCUGUUUGGUGGUUUUGCCCUCCUACUAUGGAUAGGUGCGAUCCUAUGUUUUAUUGCCUAUUCGAUCCAGGCUAGCACAGUAGAAGAGCCUGCAGACGAUAAUUUGUACCUGGGCAUUGUUUUGGCGGCGGUCGUCAUAGUCACCGGAAUCUUUUCCUACUACCAAGAAAGCAAGAGCUCCCGAAUUAUGGAGUCGUUUAAAAAUAUGGUUCCACAGUUUGCGACAGUCAUCCGACAAGGUGAGAAGUUGACAUUACGAGCAGAGGACAUUGUCCUGGGUGAUGUCGUGGAGGUCAAGUUUGGAGACAGGAUCCCUGCCGAUAUCCGUAUCAUUGAGUCCCGAGGAUUCAAGGUUGACAAUUCCUCACUGACUGGUGAAUCGGAACCUCAAAGCCGAGGGGUGGAUUUUACCCAUGAAAACCCCCUGGAGACAAAGAAUUUGGCAUUUUUCUCUACAAAUGCAGUGGAAGGCACGGCAAAGGGAGUGGUGAUCAGUUGUGGUGAUAACACUGUGAUGGGUCGUAUCGCCGGGCUUGCCUCAGGUCUGGACACGGGAGAGACUCCCAUUGCCAAGGAAAUCCACCAUUUCAUCCACAUUAUCACUGGAGUUGCUGUCUUCCUCGGGGUUUCAUUCUUUAUCAUUGCCUUUGCUCUCGGCUACCACUGGCUGGACGCUGUCAUUUUCCUCAUUGGUAUUAUUGUGGCCAAUGUACCGGAAGGUCUGUUGGCGACCGUGACAGUGUGUUUGACGCUGACAGCUAAGAGAAUGGCCUCGAAGAACUGUCUCGUUAAGAACUUGGAGGCAGUAGAGACUCUGGGAUCCACCUCCACAAUCUGCUCGGACAAGACAGGGACACUGACACAGAACAGGAUGACAGUGGCUCACAUGUGGUUCGACAACCAGAUCAUCGAAGCGGACACCACGGAGGAUCAGUCUGGUGUACAGUACGACCGCACAAGUCCUGGGUUCAAGGCUCUCGCCAAGAUCGCCACACUGUGCAAUCGAGCAGAAUUCAAGGGUGGACAGGAAGGAGUACCAAUUCUCAAAAAGGAAGUUAAUGGAGAUGCGUCCGAAGCUGCUUUGCUCAAAUGUAUGGAACUGGCCCUGGGUGAUGUUAUGUCCAUCAGAAGGCGAAACAGGAAAGUCUGUGAGAUACCCUUCAACUCUUCCAACAAAUACCAGGUUUCAAUUCAUGAGACUGAAGAUCCCAACGACCCCAGACACUUGAUGGUAAUGAAGGGUGCUCCAGAACGUAUCUUGGACAGGUGUUCAACGAUAUUUAUUGGCGGAAAGGAGAAACUACUGGACGAAGAGAUGAAGGAGGCUUUCAACAACGCUUAUCUAGAGCUUGGUGGUCUGGGAGAACGAGUACUAGGAUUUUGCGAUCUGAUGCUGCCCUCUGACAAGUUCCCACUUGGCUUCAAGUUUGACUGUGAUGACCCCAACUUCCCUCUGUCUGGAAUGAGAUUUGUCGGCCUGAUGUCCAUGAUUGACCCACCUAGAGCUGCUGUACCAGAUGCUGUAGCCAAGUGUAGAUCUGCCGGUAUCAAGGUCAUCAUGGUCACUGGAGAUCACCCCAUCACUGCUAAGGCUAUCGCCAAGUCUGUCGGAAUCAUAUCUGAAGGUAAUGAGACAGUGGAAGACAUCGCUCAAAGACUGAACAUCCCUGUGUCAGAGGUCAACCCUCGGGAAGCCAAAGCUGCUGUUGUCCAUGGAACUGAACUGAGGGAUGUGGGACCAGAACAACUGGAUGAAAUCUUGAGGUACCACACAGAAAUAGUAUUUGCAAGAACAUCACCCCAGCAGAAACUGAUCAUUGUAGAAGGUUGCCAGCGGAUGGGUGCCAUUGUGGCUGUCACUGGUGAUGGUGUCAACGACUCUCCUGCCCUCAAGAAGGCUGAUAUUGGUGUUGCUAUGGGCAUUGCAGGAUCUGACGUGUCCAAACAAGCAGCUGACAUGAUUCUACUGGAUGAUAACUUUGCGUCUAUCGUUACUGGUGUUGAAGAAGGCCGUUUGAUUUUUGACAACUUAAAGAAAUCUAUUGCUUACACUCUCACUUCCAACAUUCCAGAAAUCUCUCCUUUCUUAGCUUUUAUCCUAUUAGACAUUCCCUUACCCUUGGGUACUGUCACCAUUUUAUGUAUCGAUCUGGGAACUGACAUGGUGCCUGCCAUUUCUCUCGCCUACGAGGAAGCCGAAUCAGAUAUCAUGAAGCGCCAACCACGAAACCCUUUCACUGAUAAACUCGUGAAUGAAAGGCUCAUCUCCAUGGCCUAUGGUCAGAUUGGAAUGAUCCAGGCUGCGGCUGGGUUCUUUGUUUACUUUGUCAUCAUGGCAGAGAAUGGCUUCCUUCCAUUGAUACUAUUCGGAAUUCGCAAGCAGUGGGACUCCAAGGCAGUCAACGAUCUCACUGACUCUUAUGGACAAGAAUGGACAUACAGAGAUCGCAAGGCACUGGAGUACACAUGUCACACAGCCUUCUUCGUCUCCAUCGUUGUUGUGCAGUGGGCUGACUUGAUCAUCUGUAAGACAAGGCGAAACUCCAUUGUCCACCAAGGCAUGAGGAACUGGGCGCUGAACUUUGGUUUAGUGUUUGAAACUGCUCUGGCAGCUUUCCUCUCAUACACACCCGGAAUGGACAAAGGCCUUAGAAUGUACCCUCUAAAGUUCGUGUGGUGGUUACCGGCAAUACCGUUCAUGAUCUCUAUCUUUGUGUACGACGAGGUGCGACGUUUCUACCUACGUAGGAACCCAGGAGGCUGGCUGGAGCAAGAAACCUACUACUAGAGAGCCUGUGCCACGUUUUAGUAGGCAACCAUUAGGGACAACUAAAGUGCUACAACAGUGCUAGUGCAACAACCCACUCCUUAACACCUAUUGCAGCAUUUAUUAGGUUCUUGGUCAUCAUCAUCAUUUUUAUUAUAUUUAUAGAUAUUAUGUCUUUUACAAAAAUGCGAGAGAGGACUCGUGUGAAUUGUUCAUUAUGAUAUUAUUUUUUUAAGUGCAAGAUGUACACGACGUCUCCGUUGCAAAAGGUGUCGACAUUUUAAGAACAAAUUACUUUAUUUUAGUCAUCCGUAGAGUUAUAUCGUCGGUGUCGGUGGUUCUUGGGCCAUGAAAUGGUCUUCGGCUGACCCACGCAUCUGUUUUUGAGUCCAAUAUUUUUGGAUUGUAGACGUAAGGAAAGAUAUUAAUAAAUUAUUGACUCUAAUGUAAGGAUUUAACGUAAUAUACAAUAACAGAAUAUGUAGAAAAUUACAUAUUAAUCGCAAGUUAUGAGUUUGUUUAUAAAUAUAUAGAAAGUUAAUGUUUUAAAAAUUAGUUCUUUAAAAAUAUUUUAAAAAGUGUUGCGCGCGUGUUGAACCAUUCCAAGUAACGGCAGGAGUUCCCUCCCUCUUGCUCAAUCGUAGAGUGAGGCUGAUACACCAUUCCACUCUGCAUCAUCCAUUCUUGCUUUCUCUGUCACACUUGCUACAGACCGUUCGUUCGUUACGUACAUGAUACAUAGAUUUUAGAUGUAUAUUUAGGUUAGUUUGACCGUGUUGUUACAAAGUAUUUCAUUGUUCUUUUAACUGAAAAUGCUAUGGAAAUAUGUUACGCUAGUAGAAAAAUACCACUUUUAAUAAUUGCAUUGUAAAUAUUUGAAAUCAGCCCUUUUAUUUUGCGUUGUUUGCGAGUGCCGUGUGACCCACAUUUGUUCCGACGAGAGCUAUUCGAAGACAUGUUCCCAUGUAAAAAUAAAUAUGACAUUAAAACAGCUGUUCUUUAAACUACUGUGUAUAAAAGUUGAUAUUCAUUAUUAAAGUGUAGUAACCGCAUAUUAAAUAUUAAAACCGUGAUUGGUGAACUAAGAAAAAAGUGUCACCACAGAAUAAUGUUUUCUUGAAAAUAAAUUUGGUUUCUCCCACCCACUACACUAUACAUACUAUUUAGUGACAAUAACCAAAGUACCCGAUUUCUCAAGAAUGAAGUGAACACGAAACUGCCAUCUUUAUUACUGUUUGAGUGAGUGUUGACAUAAUGCCAAUAUAUCGAAAAAAGAAAAUAUAAAUAAAAUCCUUAAUACACGUUAUUUGUAAUAUUUUGUUGAUAUUUUCCAUGUUGUUGUAUGUGUUAUAAAAAAUAUAUAGUUGAAUCUGUUUUAUCCUAAUUUGAAUGAUGAUAGUUUAUUUUGUGUAGUGGUAUUUCCUAACUGUUGUUAUCGGAGGAGGAUUACUCUGCUGGCUUUCCAGGUGAACAGACACAUUUAUUAAUUUGCAAACAUUAAAGAGUUUUAUAAAUA